UUUACUCAACAGGGAAGUGCUAUAAGUCUCCCCUCCCACCCCCUCGUUCUUUUCUUUCCCGAAGGUUAAAGAAGGUCCUCCGCCGCACACCCCAGGUAGAAGAAUCUGCUACUCUACAUUGACAAUAAGUGUGAAAAGCAUCUAUAUCUGCUAUUCAGAUGGGCAUUUUGUCAUGCUAAUGGAUUAUCUUAUUGAAGUGACUCUCUCUUAGCUUAUAUGGGAGCAGUUGCUGUGUUGGAGGUCUAGCCAAACCUCAACCAGUACCGGAUAGAACAUUAAGGACACCCCAAAAGAAGAAUUCUGGUCAACCAUCUAGGCAUAAGAGAAGGCAAUGGUCAACAAGUCCAGAGGCGAUGGAGAAUAAUGUUAGCAUAUCUUACUCGGUUGAGACACACAUUUCUUCUGUUCCCACUACCAUCAAUGAAGACAGCAACUUUGCUGAGGAAAACACCAACAAUGGUUCAUUUAUCAACCAAGCUGCUAUAGCUUGGAAUGAGAUGAGAAGAGAAUGGGUUGGUGAUCGGUCAAAGAAAUCCCAUAGAGCACCAAGAGAACCAAUAAUAAGCUGGUGCACGACUUAUGAUGAUUUACUUUCAACCAAUCAACCUUUCCCCCAACCAAUCCCACUAUCUGAGAUGGUAGAUUUUUUGGUUGACAUUUGGCAUGAAGAAGGGCUUUAUGAUUAGAGGAGGAUGCUUGUUUCAGCAGUAGCAUGACUUUAGUCAUGGAAGUCAAGUGGCGAAUUCUCAUUAAUAGCAUUCAGACAAGUCUUAUUGUUGUCGAAUUGCUGUGUUUUAUUAUGUAAAACUAGCAUCAUUCUGACUUCAGCAUUUAACCUAAACCUGAUGACAUUGGAAGCCAUUGAAUGAAGAUGGCAAGUGCGUGUGAGCUGCUGUCUUGUUUUAUGCCUUUGUAGUAUUUCGGGCAGAACGAUCAUCUUAUCAGCAUGUCAAUAUGUUAGAAUUAGAUCCUCAACUCAGUAAACAUAAAAUACAAGCAUUGUGUGCAUUCGAUGUUGAGUGGUCUGUUGUUUUAAUAGGUUCCCAACUGUGUGGUGUACUUUGGACUUAAGUACAAUGAUAACCUAAAAUGACAGAUUACUGGCAUUUGGAUA